AUGGUCUCCACGACGGCAUCAUCCGUCGCGGGCAUCCCUGCCGCAGACCUCGAGUCCUUCCAAAAACACCUCCAAUCCUCCGACCGCAUUCUCGCACUGCUGGGCGCAGGCCUCUCAGCCUCAUCCGGCCUCCCCACCUUCCGCGGAGCUGGAGGACUUUGGCGCACUCAUGACGCCACAAGUCUAGCCACCAUGGAGGCUUUUGAGGCCGACCCUGGGCUUGUGUGGCAAUUCUACUCGUACCGCAGACACAUGGCGCUCAAGGCCAAGCCAAACCGCGCGCACCUCGCCCUGGCAGAGCUGGCGAAGAAGAAGCCAAACUUCCAGACUUUAAGCCAGAAUGUAGACGGCCUCUCCCAACGCGCCGGCCACCCCCCCUCCCAACUCCACCUCCUCCACGGCAACCUCUUCGACGUAAAAUGCAGCUCCUUCUUCUGCAACCACGUCGAGCACAACAACUUCACCGACCCCAUCGUCCCCGCGCUCGCCAUCCCAACCUCCUCCUCCGCCUCCCCUAUCGACCCCACCACCAACGCCGCCCGCCACGAACUCGACAUCUCCGACCCCUCGACCGCCCUUCCGGACCUGCGCAUCGCCGACCUGCCCGCCUGCCCGGCCUGCGAAACGGGCCUGCUCCGCCCCGGCGUGGUGUGGUUCGGUGAGAGGCUGCCGCGCGAGACGAUCGACGCCAUCGACGACUUCAUCGACCAGUCCGACCGCAUCGACCUGAUCAUGGUCAUCGGCACCAGCUCCACCGUCUACCCGGCCGCCGGCUACGCCGGCCGCGCUCGCGCCAAGGGCGCCCGCGUGGCCGUCAUCAAUGUCGAACGCACCGACGCGCUGCAGGAGGGGGAUUGGUUUUUCCAGGGCGAUGCGGGCGUGGUGGUGCCGGAGUUGUUGAGGGGCGUGGUGGGCGAGGUGGGGGAUGGGGAGGGGUUGUGA